AUGUCAACACCCAUCGCCCUCAUCACCGGUGGUGGCUCCGGCAUCGGGCUCGCAGUUGCUGAGCACCUGAUCAACUUCCACGGAUACCGAGUUGCCAUAGCAGAUGUCGUGGCGGAGCGAGUAAAAGAGAAUGCCUCGCGACUGGGAGAUGACACUUGUCUGCCGCUUCACCUCGACGUGACCAACUACGGAGCCUUGUCGAAAGCUUUCGUCCAGACGUUUGAAUGGGGCGGUAAUCGACUCGAUCUCUUCUUUGGCAAUGGUACGAAAACAGCAACAAACCGUCAAAUCUCGAAAUGGCAUCUGAUAUGAGUGCAGCGGGAAUCGGUGACUCCGACAGCCUGUACAAAGACCUCUCCAUCGACGAAACCACCGGACUCCCGAGACCCUUGAACCUACGAACCCUCGACGUCAACCUCCACGCCGUCCUCCAAGGCAUCCACCUCGCCAGACACUUCCUGACCGAAAAGAACCAAUCUCCCGGCGGCAGGAUCGUCGUCACCUCGAGCGCUGUAGGCCUCUAUCCCAACCAUUCCCUCCCCAUGUACGCAGCCUCCAAGCACGCCCUCGUCGGCCUAGUCCGAUCCCUCGCCCCCGUCUACGCGCGCGACAAGAUUUCAAUCAACGCCCUCAACCCUUCCCUGAUCGAGACGAAUCUCAUGCCGGAGCAACUCCGCGACCGAUGGACGAGAGAGCAACUGACCCCCAUGAGCACGGCCCUGAAGGCUUUCGAUGCGAUGCUGGCGGAUCCGAAAAUGACGGGACAGACGAUGGAACUCACCCUGGACGACGUGGUUUUCACGCCUUGCCCGGAUUUCCAGCGUCCGAAUACGAAAUGGAUGUGUGAUCAACACGAGCUGUGGGAAUCGGCUAUGCAGGAUUAUAUGCCGCGUCCGCCAUUGCAGAAUGCCGUCUUCGAGUACAAGCCUCCAACGAGCUUAUGA